ACACACAUAACUUGAAAGCACACCGUACGGUAGAGGGGGCCAUAGCAGAAAGCUCUCAGUCUGACUCUGUUUAUGUCUACCCGUAAAAGCCUGGUAAGUGAAAUCCAGGCGGUGUUCAGAAGCCCCGCUUUAGCACGGACCAAAGUUAUCCCGGAAUAAGGACAGGACGCAUGUGCCGUCAACCCGGAUGUAGAUAUAUUUGUUCGGUCUAUUCUCCCCUCUUGCCAACUAGUUACAGAUUUUCUCCGUAUAAUGCAUUACACAUCUUAGAACCAGCUAUAUAAAGCUUUGCCAUUCCAAACCAGUCCAAACCGGGUAACAAGCCGGGACAUGUAGCGACUUCUGUGGAUGACACUGCAUCGGGGCGACAGUUUCAUAACAAUCUGGUUCCGAACAGCUGCACGUUUAAUUCACGAAUACGUCCUGUAACUUGAAGCAUGGACUUUCGCGGGAGGAGGCAUGAGCGAGGCAGCAACUGGACCGACCCGGAGAUAGUGGAGCUGCUGCAGCUUUGGUCUGAUGAGUCAGUACAGAUUGAACUAGAGAGCUCACUGCGAAACCAGCGUGUAUUUGACCGCAUAGCCCACAUUUUGCGUGAAAAGGGCAUCUGCCGUACCGGGGACCAGUGCAGGGAAAAGAUAAAAAAGAUGAAGCUGGAGUACCGUCGCAUUAAGGACAACCAUAAAAUGAGGUCAUGGAAGUUUUAUGAUGUGAUGGACAGGGUGCUGGCGAACCGACCAGCUAUUACCUACUCCUCCUUGGGGGGAGCUGUCAUAGCUCAACAUGUGUUUCAGAGCCAGGGUGGGCCUGACUCAUACCUGCAAGGAGUCCCAGCAGUCACCUUUGGGUCUUCUUCCUCAGGGGGGUUUCUAUUUGGUCAUCCCCCAAAACCUGGUGAUUCGCUGGACAUUAAAUGUGAAGAUAUCGAGGAGAGCAUGCUGAAUCCAGGUGUUGCCCCCCCUGACAUGUACUAUGGAUCUGGAGAUGAACAGGAAAAUGAUGGGCAGUCUCUACUGGGGCAAGAAGACUCUCCGGGCCCUGGAGAGAGCUCAAAAAAUGCAAGGAUCUCCCCUUCAGGUUUUAGUGACCUGAACACUGCCGGUUCUGCCACCCAGGCCGUUGGUGGUCAUGCACCAAGAGACACUCCUGAGCUGCCCAGUCAAAAUGGCCCUCAAACCCAAUCUUCUGUGAGACAGAGGAAACGUCGCCUGUGUGGCAAAACAUCAUGGGGUCUUGGGGGUGCUAGAUGCAGCGGUCAAAGGAGCCUGGAUAAGGCCUUGGCCAGCUUCCUGACCUGGCAGCAGUCAGCAGAGGAGCGCCUUCUCACCCUGGAGGAAGCGCGUCUGGAAAGAGAGCUGCAGGCCGAGGAGCGUAGAGAACAGCGGGAAGAGAAGAGGGCAGAACAGGAGCGCCAGCACGAGCUCCGCUUGUUCAGCAUGCUUACAGGGGCAUUGGUUGCUGUCAGACAGGGCGCUCCCACCGCUGCGACAACACCGACUGACCCCUCCUGCUCACCCCUACCUCAUCUGUCAGCCUCACUGGUGACCACAUCCGCCCCUUCUGUCUCAUCAUCUUUAUCUCAGCUGCCUUCAGAAGCUCCCACUGUGCUGGCUGCUUUCACUCAGGAGACGAUAAAGUCAACACCGCCUACAUCUGUCAAGCCCUGCAAAAUGUCCCAGAAUGUGUUGGCAACAGAGAGAGGAGCAGGCAAUCUUGGCUCUAGCCUAUACCUGUCCAAUCGUGGUAACAUCAUCCGACAGCAUCUGGGCAUCCUCCAGGAGGGGUUUGCUCAAUAUGGGUUGGACAAACACCACGACAGAGAUAACCCCGAUGGUAUAAUCAACAUGGGUACAAGUGAGAACAAACUAUGCUAUGACCUUCUUCUUACGCGGCUGACCAGGCCUGAAAUGCUACAAAUUGACCCCUCAUUGUUGCAGUAUUCAGACUGGAGGGGACAUACAUUCCUAAGAGAGGAGGUUGCAAAGUUCCUUACUCACUACUGCAGUUCUCCAAACCCACUGAAGGCUGACAAUGUUGUGGUGAUGAAUGGCUGUGGCUCCCUCUUCUCGUGUAUCGCUGCGGUAAUUUGUGACCCUCAAGAUGCCAUUCUUAUUUCUACUCCUUUUUACGGUGUUAUAACUGAAGAUUUACAAUUAUAUAGUGAUGUGAAACUCUUCCAUAUCCCUCUUGACUGUGAGGGUGAUGGCAAAGACAGUCGGCCCUUCCACCUUACUGUGAGCAAACUAGAAGAAGGUUUAGAGAGGGCUAAUCAAGAGGGUCUAACGAUCCGAGCUGUUAUCCUGAUGAACCCCCACAACCCUCUGGCUGAGAUCUACACCCCCGAGGAGAUGGUUGCCUUCUUGGAGUUUGCCAAAAGAAAUGAGCUCCACACUAUCGUUGAUGAAGUGUACAUGCUGUCGGUCUUUGAUGAAUCUGUCGCCUUUCACAGUGUCCUCAGUAUAGACAGUUUGCCCGACCCACAGAGGACACAUGUAAUGUGGGGGAUGACCAAGGACUUUGCUUUGGCAGGAUUCAGAAUAGGCACUCUGUACACUGAGAACAGAGACCUCGUGGAGGCUUUGGCUCAGCUGGGCUCCUUCCACGGUAUCUCUGGAACCACACAGCGCCAGGUAGCACAACUGCUUCAGGACAGAGAGUGGAUCAAUGAGGAAUUUCUGCCUAAGAACAGGUGCAGACUGAAAGCCGCUCACAGCUACCUGACAGGAGAGCUGCAGAGUAUGGGCGUCCCCUACCUGGACAGACCUGCUGCGCUCUAUGUCUGGGCUGACCUCAGAAAGUACCUCAGAGAGCCAUCAUUUGAGGAGGAGCUCUAUCUGUGGAGGCGUUUCCUCCGACAUAAAGUGGUGUUGAGUGCUGGGCAGGCCUUCUACUGCUCAACGCCCGGCUGGUUCCGCAUUGUCUUCUCCGACCAACAGCACCACCUUCAGCUCGGCCUGAAGCGAAUGAAUGCGGCCUUGAGAGAAAUUGAGGAAAAAAACAUCAGCCCUGAUUCCCUCUCUAUCAAAGAAGCCAGUGAGGAGAGCAAACAACCAAAGCAAGAGGAGGGUGCAGACUCAGACAAUGCUGCAGUUGUCAAUUCAACAUCAUCACCUCAGAGCAAGUCAUCGGAGCAGCCGAAGGAGAAUGAUAGCCCUGUGCCUGACACAGACCCGCUGGCCAUCGGGGAUUUAGUGUUUUUGGACUGCGAGGCAUCAAAGCACGUGGACAGUCUUGACUCUCUUAUUGGCACCCUCAGGCACCAGAUCCAUUCAUCCGAUUGGCUGGAGAAAAACACUCCAGAGCUGUCUGCUGGGGAGGACCCAGAGAUUCUUGAUGUAUUCAAGGCCCUGCUGCAAAGAGCCGGAAAGUAAGCUUAGGAUAAACAUGCACGAACGUAGCUGCCAGCUUUCAAGAGGCAGUUCUUCAGCAUCCUUCUUAGUCCCUGCGUUUACAGUGAAAAGCUUGACACAAACACCUGACUAAAGAAGAGAGAAGAAGAAAAGAAAAGCCAUUAAGGCCAGCAUGGAAGGACAGAACAGAGUACUUUCUGUCUGAAUCUCGAGGCCUUAUAUUUUAGCUGCUAAAGAACACAGCCUUGCUUUGUUAUUUAUCUACACCGAAACAUUGUUAGUUUAUUAACAAAUCUAAAUGAAUGCCAAAUGUUAAUCAAUCAAAAUCAGUUAGGUUGUACUGUUUAACAUUUUGAUCUCAACUUUGUCUUUAUUAUUUGGUUAUAUGCACUUUAUUUUAUCAGAAUGUUUGUAGUUAAUGAACUGUGAUUAAAGGAAUGAACUGUCUUAA